AUGGUGUCAAAUGAAAUAAACUCUUUAAAAGUACUCAGUCACCGAAAUAUUUCGCGCCUUUUUCAGUUGAUUGAAGACGAUAAAUGCAUUUACAUUGUGCGAGAGUACUGCAGCAAUGGCGAUCUGCUCAACUACGUGGAGCGAAAAGGAAAACUCAAUGAAUUGAAAAGUAAACUCCUAUUCAGUGACCUAAUCAACUGCCUGGGCUACAUUCACAAAAAGGGCAUCUUGCACGGAGAUAUUAGACCGGAAAACGUCCUUUUAGACUCGUCAUUUCGCAUCAAACUAAUUGGCUUUCAGCUGGCCCAUCAUCAUUUUGACAUUGGUGAAUCGCCUGUGCAAGAGUUGGCGGUGACAAAGACGUACAUCAGCCGAGAGUACACUGCACCUGAAACUCUAAAUGGCAGUUCGGCAGUCAGCACACCUGCUAUUGAUGUUUGGAGCGCCGGUGUCCUGCUCUACUUCAUCACCACCGGAUCGCUCCCCUUUGCAGAGGACAGUUUGGUGCAGCUCGUCGCAAGGAUUCAAACGGGAAUUUUUGAACUGCCUUCAACCCUAAGCGCCCAGCUCAGUGAUCUCAUCGUUUCAAUGCUCAAAGUGAGCCCAGUGGAGCGUGCAAGUGUCAAACAAAUAUUAAGUCAUCAAUGGCUACAGCAGCAACAGCAAGAAGUAAAAAAGAUGGCCCUCAAAACGUCGGAGGACUCUGUGGACGGACUGAAUGAGGCCGCGCUGAAAGAGUGCCUGAUGCUGCAUUCACACGAAGUACAGAACGACAUUGUCCAGAUGCGAUUUAACAUUCUCUCGAAUAAGUUCGGCUAUCACACGGCCACUUACUGGCUCAUCAAGGAAAACUUUGAGCAGUACAAAAGUCUGGGACUGAAGCUAGGCUCAACUGCUCUUCGAAAUCGAUUGCAGCAAAUAGCUGACCAGAAAUGUCAAAGCCCAGAGCCAGCAUCGGCAGAAUCAGCAGAAUCAGCUCCAGCAGCACUUGGAAUGCGCNAGCAAAUAGCUGACCAGAAAUGUCAAAGCCCAGAGCCAGCAUCGGCAGAAUCAGCAGAAUCAGCUCCAGCAGCACUUGGAAUGCGCCGAGGGCACACGUUUAUGGAGUCUCGUGUGGCACCUAAUUCCCCCAAAGUGGUCGUUAAAUCAUGCAAAUCUAAGCUGAGUGAUGGAGAGGAGUCUGCUAUUACGGCAUCAUUAGGUACUAGUGGUGGUGGCAGUCAGCAAAUUUGGGCCGCAGCUGUCAGCAGUUGUGUUUCACCAGCAAUUGACGCGUGA